UGGAGGCUGACUAUGCCGGUGGGCCAGCCUCUCAAGAUGGAGGAUGUGGCUCCAGACCUGACCAGCCUCAACUGGUUGCAGAACCUCAACAUCAUGAACGUAGCUUCCUUACCCACACCUCCCUCCUCACCACUCUCCCCACCUCGCCAUACUAAAGUCCUUCCUAAAAAAGUCACUCCUAGUCUUUGUUUAAAUUUAAGUCCCUCAACCGCCGAGGAUUACAGAAACAACGGUGACUCGAAGCCACCGUUCUCGUAUGCAACGCUCAUUUGCAUGGCCAUGCGGGCCAACAAUAACAAAAUGUCACUUAGUUCAAUUUACUCCUGGAUCAAGGAUAACUUCAAGUACUAUAGGAAUGCUGAUCCCAGUUGGCAGAACUCGAUAAGGCACAACCUCUCGCUGAACAAGUGCUUCUUGAAAGUGCCGCGAACGAAGGACGAGCCGGGGAAAGGCGGGUUCUGGCGGUUGGACAUGGAGCGACUGGAGGAAGGCGCGCGUCACCGCCGCCGACUCGGCUGCACGCGGCUGCCCCCGACGCACCCCCGCAAGAAGCCCCCGCCGCCCGUCACCAUCGUCACCCCGCAGAACAACAACGACACCACCCUCUCCGACUUGAACCAGCCCCUGGACCAGAGCACCCUCCCGGCCGCCCCCGCCCUCGCCGCCAACGACCCCCAGCAGCGGAUCCAGAUCUACAUCGACGAGAACGACGAGCCCCAGUUCGCCGUGAGCAUGGAGGCCCUCCAGAGCCCCGAGGCCGCGGACCUGAAGCUGGACGGUGCCAAGAUCGAGGACAUGAUCGGCAUCAAGACGGACACCUUCUUCUCGGCGAAUAGUCUCGGCUACGAGGAGGAGGACUACACGGCCUCCAUCAUGGCCAUCGAGGACGUCGGCCCGAACGCCACCCUCCCCGAGGACGAGCUCACCAACCUCCUCUUCAACUCCAACGGCUGGGACGAGUCGCAACUCGAGUACCUAGAUAGCUUGCUCGACUCACUAUAGACUUGUUUCUUGUCCUGACCGUCAUCUUUACGCUCCUGCAUCCAGCGGGCUGAUUAUUGAAAUUGAUAGACAGGAGCGGACUGGUAGUCGAAAAGUUAGGAGG